AAAAUAUUGCUGUUUACAUAAAUUUUUAAAACUAAUUUAUUUAAACAAAAUGGCGUCUUUAUUUUUCAAAUUUCGUCGAUUUUGUUAGAUGACGACAUCAGGUUUCUACCUGGCUGUAGACAACCUUGCGGUUGGGUUUGGUUGGAGAGAAAACCAGCAACCAAUAGGUGGAAGUGUAAUGAGUCUGCAGGCUCUAGCCUGUUUAACCAUUGAGGAGAUGAUUAGAAAAUCUACGGAUAGAGUUAAAGAUCCAGGCUGCAGAAAUUUAAUCAGCCUUACUCCAGAACAACAGAAUAGAGCUGAGAUAAUCCACGAGUAUGUGUCUGAUCUCUGCCCAAACCUUGUGUCGGAAAUCCUCGAACGAGUUCUUUCCUAUUCCGGGGACAACAGGCGGAAAGCGUCUCCGAUGGAUAUAUGGGUUCUUAUUCAUCCAGGAUUUAAGCAGUUAAAAGUUCCAAGAAGAGAUGAAAGAAGUUAUCCUUUACCAAAUACUCACAAGAGUAUUAUUGAUUGUCUUUACAGAUGUAAGUACCUGGAGCACUUGAAUCUAAGUGGACUGGAUGAGCACUCAACUCCUCCUGAUUAUAAUGAUUUCAAACACAGGUAA